AUGGAGAAUAUCAAUGGAAGAGAUCCCAUUACUCUGUCUACAGUGAAUGCCAGCACAGAAGACCUGGCGUUGGAAUUCAAGGAAGAAGAGCUGAAUUCUGAGGAAACCAAGAGGACUGAAGAGAAAGGACACAACCUGGGGUAUGUGCUGGGGCCUCACACUCACUAGAGGAGGAACCGACAGCCUCUCAACAAGGUGAGAGUUUUCUUCAAAACUCAUGCCAGCUUAUUCAAGAAAAUCCUGUUGGGCCUGUUGUGUUUAGCAUAUGCUGCCUAUUUCCUGGCAGCCUGCAUUCUGGAUUUCCAGAGGGCACUGGCAUUGUUCGUCCUCACCUGUUUGGUGCUCUUGAUCCUGGCUCACCGUUUAUUGAAGAGGCUGUUGGGUAAAAAAUUAACAAGAUGUCUGAAGCCCUUUGAAAACUCCCGCCUGAAGCUUUGGGCAAAAUGGGUGUUUGGAGGACUCUCCUUGAUUGGUCUUAUCCUAUGGCUGGCUCUAGACACAGCUCAGAAGCCAGAGCAGCUGAUCUCCUUCGCAGGAAUCUGCAUGUUUGUCCUCAUCCUCUUUGCCUGCUCCAAACACCACAGUGCAGUGCCCUGGAGGACAGUGCUUUGGGGCCUGGGUCUUCAAUUUGUCUUUGGGAUCUUGGUCAUCAGAACUGAUCCUGGAUUUAUUGCCUUCCAGUGGCUGGGAAACCAGGUUCAGAUUUUCCUGAACUACACUGUGGCUGGAUCCAGUUUUGUGUUUGGGGAAACACUGGUCAAGGAUGUCUUUGCUUUUCAGGCCUUACCAAUCAUCCUUUUUUUUGGAUGUGUGAUGUCCAUACUGUACUAUCUGGGCCUUGUGCAGUGGGUAGUUCAGAAGAUCGCCUGGUGUUUGCAAGUCACCAUGGGCACCACUGCCACUGAGACCCUAGCUGUGGCAGGAAACAUCUUUGUGGGCAUGACAGAGGCACCUCUUCUCAUCCGUCCAUACCUUGAAGACAUGACACUUUCUGAAAUCCAUGCGGUGAUGACUGGAGGAUUUGCCACCAUUUCAGGCACUGUGUUGGGAGCCUACAUAUCCUUUGGAGUCAGCCCGGCAUCCUUGAUUUCUGCUUCUGUGAUGGCUGCACCUUGUGCUCUUGCCUUGUCAAAGCUGGUAUAUCCAGAAAUGGAAGAGUCUAAAUUCAAGAAUAAAGAAGGGAUAAAGCUGCCUCGUGGGAAGGAGAAUAAUAUCCUGGAAGCUGCCAGCAAUGGAGCCACCGAUGCCAUAGGCCUUGCUGCUAAUGUAGCAGCCAACCUGGUCGCCUUUUUGGCUGUGUUGGCCUUCAUCAAUGCUGCCCUCACCUGGCUAGGGGAAUUAGUGGAGAUCCAGGGACUCAGCUUCCAGGUCAUCUGCUCCUAUAUUCUAAGACCGAUGGUCUUCAUGAUGGGUGUAGAGUGGGCAGACUGUCCAAUGGUGGCUGAAAUGAUAGGGAUCAAGUUCUUCAUCAAUGAAUUUGUGGCCUAUCAACAACUGUCUCAAUACAAGCAGAAACGCCUCUCUGGAGUAGAAGAAUGGAUUGGGGGUGAGAAACAGUGGAUUUCCGAGAGAGCUGAAAUCAUUACAACAUUUUCCCUCUGUGGAUUUUCCAAUCUUAGCUCCAUGGGAAUCACACUGGGAGGCUUGACAUCAAUGGUACCCCACCGGAAAAGUGACUUAUCCAAGAUUGUAGUCAGAGCCCUCCUCACAGGAGCCACUGUAUCUCUUAUCAGUGCCUGUAUGGCAGGAAUCCUCCAUGUCCCCAGGGGUAUGGAAGCUGACUGUGUCUCCUUUCUGAGCACAAGUUUCACCAACAGCAGCUAUGAGACCUACGUGUGCUGCAAAGAGCUCUUCCAAAGUACAUUUCUAAAUGGCACCCACGGUCCUUCGUUUUCUGGUCCUUGGGAAGACAAUGAGUUCAGCGCCAUGGCCCUUGCUAACUGCUGUGGAUUCUAUCACCAUUCUACCUGUGUCUAA